AUGCUCAGACACGCCCUGCGGACGGUUGCUAGGAGCAGCGCGCGAGCUUCGACGUGGCCCGUCGCUGCUCGUAGCUUUGCGUCGGCGAGCAACACGCCGCGGUUCAACUGGCAGGACCCUCUCGCAUCCCGAAACCUCUUGACCGAGGAGGAGCUUGCAAUACAAGAGACUGCAGAGCGGUACUGUCAAGAGCGCCUGCUCCCUCGGGUACUACAGGCCUACCGUGACGAGUACUACGACCCCAAGAUUCUGCAGGAAAUGGGCGAGCUGGGACUGCUCGGUGCCAACAUCGAGGGCUACGGAUGUGCCGGCGUCUCGUCCGUCGCCGGCAGCCUCAUCACCCGCGCCGUCGAGCGUGUCGACUCUGGCUACCGCUCUGGCAUGUCGGUCCAGUCGUCGCUCGUCAUGGGCGGCAUCUUCGAAUUCGGCACCGAGGAGCAAAAGGAAAAGUUCCUUCCGGACAUGGCCAAGGGCAAGCUCCUCGGCGCCUUUGGCUUGACGGAGCCCAACCACGGCAGCGACCCGGGCAGCAUGGAGAGCUUCGCCAAGCCGCACCCGACGAAGAAAGGCUUCUACUCCCUCAGCGGAUCCAAGACAUGGAUAACCAACAGUCCCAUCGCUGACGUGUUGCUGGUGUGGGCCAAGCUCCAGGAGACGGGCAAGAUCCGGGGAUUCUUGAUCGAGCGCAAGGACUGCCCGCCGGGAAGCCUGGAGACGCCGGCGAUCAAGGACAAGAACGGGCUGCGGGCGUCCAUCACGGGGAUGAUCCAGAUGGACGAGUGCCCCGUCCCGGAAGCGAACAUGUUCCCCGAGGUCGAAGGCCUCAAGGGCCCGUUCAGCUGCCUCAACAGCGCGCGGUACGGCAUCUCCAUGGGCGUCAUGGGCGCCCUCGAGGACAGCAUCGCGCGCGCGCGGACCUACGCCCUCGAGCGGAAGCAGUUCAAGGGCAACCCGUUGGCCAGGUACCAGCUCAUCCAGAAGAAGCUCGCCGACGCGGCGACGGACGCGUCGUACGGAGUCCUCGCCUCCAUCCAGGUCGGACGCCUCAAGGACGAGGGUAAGGCGACGCCUGAGAUGAUCAGCAUGGUCAAGAGGCAGAACUGCGACACCGCUCUGCGAAACGCUCGCAUACUGCAGGAGAUUUUCGGCGGCAACGCCGUGAGCGACGAGUAUGCCAUUGGACGACACGUCGCGAACCUGUUUGUGACGCAGACGUACGAGGGCCAAAGCGACAUCCACAGUCUGUUUCCUCCGUCUUUACCCAUUGGCCUCGGCCUCGGAACGAACUUGUCUGACAUUAUGCGCAGGUCUUAUUCUGGGCCGGGCCAUCACGGGCAUCCAGGCCUUUGUCUAGCCGGCUGGACGGGUGCGCCGAAGCGCAAGGCCCAAGCGAUCGACGAGGCGAUGAGCAACCGCACGCUUUCGACAUUUGCGCUCGGUGACUUGAUGGCCAGGACCACUCUCCGACGUGCUGAGCGGCAUGCUACGAGGCUCUCCGUCAGUAGAAAAAUGGAGAAUAAAAUGAAUGAAAGCUCACGUUGCUUCAUGGCCGUCUCGCAUGCGCUUGCUGUCACCAGCAGUAGUGCUUUGACACUGGCAAGAAAGUACAUGCAAGAUGACGGCAGCUGGCGGCUGCCACGGAACCGGAACGAUGGAAUCGCCGGAAGACCUGAAUGGCGCACCGCCAUGAUUGCCCGGCGCGUCUUUUCUCUGCAAGCAGUUUUUCUGCAAGCAGACUCCAAGUACAGUGUAUUUCUGCCGUGGCCGGCGCACUCGCCAUCUGCGAGCUCCGCCGUCACGGCCGUCGUCCAGUCCGAUGCCAAGCUGUGCAGCGUCAUGGGCGUCGUGGUGUUUGGGGACCGAAGCUACAGCACUGAAGAGGCUAGCGUAGGCCUGUCGAUGGAAGCGCAGCGAAGGUCGUGGCAACCCGCGUGCUAG